AUAAUCCCUCGUACUUCAAUGUGCCCGACGAACGGAAAAGAAUGGGUGAUAGCUGUAGUAGUGCUUCAGAGUGUUCUUUAACGAGGCAGCUAACUCCUCCAAGAGGAAAGAGCUUCUGUCGGGACAAGAGAAAUUUUCUCAGAUCAAUGAGCUCCAACUCCGCAGACUCUAAUCAGGAACUGCUGAUCAUGGGUGAACCAAGACUGAGUGACAUCGCACCUGAUAUCGUUUUCAAAAAUCCUUCCAGCCGAUCAAACUCUCUGAAGCAGAAUAAAGUGAAUUCAAAUGGAGAUGUUGGAUACAUUCCGCUUGCUACUAGUGAAGAGCAAGCAGAUGCCUCCGAAGAUGAAGAAGUGUUCAUUAGUGAGGAUUCGGCAAGGUAUUACAAUUUCCCUGCUGUCAAACGAAAUGGUCAAAGAAGACAUUCAAUCAGCACAUUCGUCGGCAGAGAAAGAACGAAUAGUGUGGCGUCGUCAUCGAAGAGUUUCAAAGAAGAUUUUCCACAGAGGGAGAACGAAGAAAAUAUCGAUAUUGACGAGCACUCUUUGCGCCAUGCUUCUUACCCUAGGAAGCGCUGUCUACGAUGCACAAGAGGAGUCACAAAAGGAAUAAACAUGGACGAUAUUCUCAUCCUAUCCAGGAAAUCCAGUGAAGCAGCAUCGCUCUGGGUCAACUAUUUUACAAAUUAUUUUCAACAAAUCAGCCAGCAGGCCACCAGAAAGCAAUUCAAAAUACAGUACAGAGGAGUAGAAGAUACGUUAGACAAAUCCGACGAAAUUAGAGAACUCCCCAAGAAAAUGUCAGGUGUUAAACUGCAGUUAGUCGUAAUAUGUCCCAGUUUUCUUGAAUUUGUUGCGGAACACCCCGGGGAGUGUGCGGCCAUGGGAAAACUUUUAUUGGCAGACAGAACUUUGGCUCUCCUAUUGGGGGUUACUGACAACGACUUGACCGAAGUUCAUAAAAAUGUGUUGCCGACAUACUUUCAAUGGCAAAGGCAAAGCGUUGGUCAGGAUCAGGACGAAAACUUCACCAAAGAGUUUCUAGGACAGGCUAUGGCGAUACUAUCGAGAGUUUGGAAGCAGCAGAGUUCUGUUAUUGCUCAGGAAAAGUCAUGUUUUUCCGUUACCCCAAAAAAAAUACGACAGGGUCAAAACAGCGUAUUUGUUAUCCUCACACAUCCCCUCCAAAAAGAAGACAUCGUCAAAAUUUCAGUGGAAAAAAACGGUGAAUUGUAUGAAGUCAAGUCAGUGAAGAAACGAAAUCCAUACAUUCUAAAAUUUACAAUGCCUGAAAAUUUAACGGAAGUAACGGCCAUCGUGAAUAUACUAGUGGAGAAAAAUGGCAGCAUAAUAGGAAGUCGGCCGAUCAAGUGUGAAAGUAAAUUAAGAGAGCUUGAGCAGAUUUUACGGUCCACUGCAAAUCCCGUGGAGUUUAUGUGUCAGGCGUUAGGUUUUAGUCCUGCAGAACGAGAACUUCUAGACAACUGGUUGGUUCAUAGAUUGCAGAAUAAUAUACCGCCGCAUUUCAAUUUGAUAUCCAGGUCUGAAAGCAUUGAAUCGGCAGAUGUUCCUGGACGAAAACACACUCACGAAGAAUUUCCGACCCUUCUUCAUUUCGCGGCUAAAUUCGGAUUACACCAACUCGCAAGGUUAUUACUUGAUACUCCUGGUGGUGAUCAAGCUUGUGAAAUAAAAAAUCUUUAUGAUAUGACACCGUUAGAACUGGCAGAAUCAAACGGAUUUUCGAAUCUAGCACAUAUGUUCCGAGGAUAUAUUGACCUUAACGAAUUCACCAAUAUCUAUACCAAGCUGGAAGAAAUUACUCGCAGAACACUCGAUGAUGGGUAUGAGAUACCAAGGAAUAUAAAAGAAGACAUUUACAAAAUUUGUCCCGCUCCUAGACCUGUUACAACUCCAACAAGUGAAAGCUCCAGCUUAUCAGGAUACAUGCCCAUGAAACCAGUACCCGUCCUAAGGCAAGAGUUGCCUAAAGCUACUGAUGACUGCCACGUAGACCUUCCAACGAUUCAGGAACAGGUAUACCAGAGGCUUGUAUCAAAAAAUAGGCAAAAAGUCGAUGAUUUAGAAGGAGAAGACAAAGUUCAAAAAGAAUUAGUCGAAAUAAUUAACGAUUUCAAAAAUCACAUACACUCAAUCGAUCAAGCUGAAGAAUUGGUGAGGAAGUGGCAAUCUCGAAACGAUGUACAAAUGUCGUUUAAAGAGAAACAAGAACAGUUGAUGGAAAUGAGAAUGAGAUACGAUCAACUACAAUCCAUGACUAGGAUGAAACAUCCCUCAUUCUUCGACAAAAUGAAGAGAGUGUUCUCCAAAACUAAACACGAAAAACCCAAGGUAGAAAAUAUAACAACCACCUCCAUUUCACAAUCAGUUCCCUCUCUAACUAUAGUCCAUGUGCAAAGACCGAUUAGCAGUUUGAGUACCUCUAGCUCUGGAUCAUCGGGGAGAUCUAGCAGGAUGAGCGAAUCUAGUUUUGGAGAUAGCGGAACUCAUUCUGAUAAUGAAGGAAGAAAG